GAAAAUUUUCACACCACGCGCCAUGACGUCACUGUCGUCUGGUUAGUUAUCGGAAGAAGAAUGCGUAAGUAAGUGAAGGGAAGCCGAAAUUACAUUUAAAAUGAAUUGUGAAACGAUUUUGUAAUGUCGAAUUAAAGCUUCUUUAAGCUUUAUUUGAAUAUACUUGCAACAAAAUAUAAAAUAUUUGGAGGCGUCAGCAUCAGCAACUGCGAUGUCCCGUCAUGAAGGUGUUAGCUGUGAUUCCUGUCUGAAAGGCAACUUCAGAGGAAAACGUUACAAAUGCCUGAUAUGUUAUGACUAUGACUUAUGUGCUACUUGUUACGAAGCAGGAGCUACCACAACUCGACAUACUACAGAACAUCCAAUGCAAUGCAUUUUAACUAGAGCUGAUUUUGAUUUGUACUAUGGUGGAGAAGCAAUAUCUGUUGAUCAGCCUCAGGCAUAUACUUGUCCAUUUUGUGGAAAGACUGGUUUCACAGAGACUACAUUACAUGAGCAUGUAACAUCAGAGCAUCCAGAUACAUCAUUUGAAGUGGUAUGUCCUGUUUGUGCAGCUCUUCCAGGUGGAGAACCAAAUAACGUUACUGAUGAUUUUGCAGCCCAUUUGACAUUAGAGCAUCGAACUCCAAGAGAUUUAGAUGAUUCCUCUAGUUCUCGUCAAGUUCGUCGAAUACCUCAUCCUGGUAGGGGCAUGAGUAGUGCUCGACCACGUAGGUCGCAAAUGCAGUUUACUUCAAGUGGCUUAUCUUCUCUCUCUCCAAGCAGUCGGGAAUCAAUGGAUCCUAUAGCAGAAUUGCUUUCUCAACUGUCUGGAGUGAGACGAACAUCCAAUCUUGCUCAGUCAUCAACUGCAUCCACCACCACUACACAACUUCAGCAACUCCAGAUGCAGUUACAGUUAGAACGCCAACAAGCUCAGGCAGCUCGGCAACAGUUAGACCGUCUCCCACGGAGACAAUCUCAAAUUGGAAGCGGAAUGGUUACUGGAAACUCAGGUGCCUCUUCUGGUGGAGCAGUUGCUGGUAGCAGUGGCGCUGUUCUUUCACAUUGCACUAUUGUCCUAGAGCCCACGCCUUCUCCUGCAAUAGCUUCUUCUGCAUCAUCACAAUUUCUAUUAUCUAGAUGUAUGGAUCCUUCUCUUUCCGAAAGUGAACAGCAGAAUUUGGAAAUAGAAAGUGCUGAUCGUAGUUUAUUUGUUCAAGAGUUAUUAUUGACUUCAUUAUCUGAACAAUUUGCAAAUACUCCAGAUUGGGAUGCCAUUGGAAAGAAAUUAGGUCUUCGUUUAGGAAGUGAACCCAGUGAAUUUUCUUACUUGCAAUCAGCUGCUAUUGCAGGUGUGAAUCAAGAUGAGUCUGUAGAUGAAAUUACAAAUUCAGUUUCACAGGAUAGUGUGCAAUGCAGUAGUAUUACACAGCAGAACCAAUCAGUAACUUCACAAUUACAUCAAACACUGGGUCAGCCGUCUCAGAUCAACCAGCCAUUACGGUCUUCAGGCACAUCACGCAGGUCUCCAAAUCUGGGAUCUUCCUCUUUAAGGCAAUCUGGUAGAAGAGGAGGUGGCAGUGGUACAAAUUUGCAAUUGAGUGGAAAUUCUCAGUCAUAUAGGGUGGGUGCUCCUAGUCACCUACAACAGUUGCCGACUAGAGAUGGACUAAGCAGUAGUCGUAAUAGAUCUACUACUGGGAGGGAUAGUGGUACUUCACCAUCCGCUGCUCGUAGGAAAGUUGUAAGACAAGUAGACGAUAGGAAUAAAUCUAGUGAACCUCCUCCGCCACAUUGAUAUGCUUCUAGUUUUGGAAUAAAAGGAUAUUUCUUAAUGUUUCAAACACUAUAUGUGUUCUAGUAUCACAAUUUAGUCACUUAAUUUCCUGUCCAGUUUUGUUUUCUUUAUGCAUAGAAAUGAUCAGUUCAAACUUUCUAGUUAAAGUAUAAAAUUUAUUAAAAAUGUCAGGUUUGUGGUCAUUUGGCUGCCACUGGUGAUGUGAUUUUUUUCCCCCUUUCCUGUAAUUGAAUUUACAAACCCCACAUAUUUAACUUUAUAUGGAUUAUAGUAGUCUGUUAAUUCCAGUUUGACGGUGGCCUCUUCAGCAGAAUAACAGUUUUAUUAUUUCUCUUGAAGUUUAUAUUUAAUGCCAAUCUUGUUGAUACAAAUAACAAAAAUGUUUCAAUAAUUCCUAAUGUUUGAAUAUGUGUAGAAUUGCAUAUGAAUUGUAAAAGCCUGUACAUAGUCUUUGUAUGCAAGAAUAUGUGACAUGUUCCUUAGGAAACACUGUGCAAAAAACAAUGAAUGAUUGUGUGCAUGGCAUAAUCAAAUAACGAAGAUUGAUUGCAUCAUACUGCUUGAAAUGCCGAUAACUGCUUUACAAAGUUAAAUGUAUUGAAACAUUAAUACUGUCUGUGUGUAUUUUACUAAUUUUGUUUUCAUUAUUUAUCUACAUUUUUACUUAAAAAUUGAACUUUUUCUUAUUUCUUCAAUUUUUACAACAUGAUUAAGAUCUAAUUUAUUAAAUAAUAGUAACAUUCUUAAUUUUCUGUUGUCAUAAAUAAUGACAUUUUCCCUUUGGGAAUUUGUUUGAUAAACAGUUACAAUGUUAUGUCAAUAAUUUAUUAUACAGAUUGAAAUUUGUUUAAAAUUAAAUGCAUAAUACUGAUUUAUUAACACAUUUCUACAGUAGAAAAGAACUUAGUAGAUAUUUUUUUAAUACAGAAGAAAUAGAAAAAUUUAUUUUGUUUUGUUUAAAUGCUACUUUUAAAAAGUUAAGUUAUGCCUUUUAAAUUCAUUCCAGAUUAAAAAUAUUACCUUGAAUUAUAUAUAUAAUUUAUGUAUAAAUUUUAAAAAAAUUAAUUUGCUUAAUUUUUAUUUUAAAUACUUUUUUGCAUUUUAGUAUUUAUUUUUAGCAUUGAUACAGUUUUCCUCGUGACAUUGGCUGCAAGCAAUGAGGAAACAUGAUUUUGUAUUAAUGGAAUUAUUAUUGUGUGUUAAGAUGUUUUUGAAAAUUACUACAGUAUCUAAAGUAUUUUGUGUAAUUUUAUUUCAAGCUUUGAAGCCUUUUUUUAAGUUCAGAAACAACUAAUUUUAAUUAGGUAAAAAUGUCUGAAAUAUGAAAAAGUUCAGUUUUGUUAUCGUUUCUAUAAUAAUUGUUAGAAUGUUACUAACAGGAUGCGUGUAUGUAACCUUAAGAAAAAGAUCCUUAUUCUAAAAAUAUAGACUUGAGCAUGCUUAAAUUGGCAAGCAAUGCUUGAAAUUUGGAAAAUUUGAGAAGCUAACAUUUUCCAAAACAAAAUUUUCUAAUUGCAUUUAUUGAAUUAAAGGAAAAAAAAUGUUUAGUAUAUGCUACUCACAUGUAUUACCUUGACAAGUUUCAUAUUAUCAUUAAUUUAUAUUAUCUAGUCUUUUCUAUUAUUUUGAAAUGUAUACGCGUGUCACAUAUGUAUAUGUAACUUUAAAUUAAUAUUAUAAUAACUUAUUUAAUCUUUUUAUUAAAAUUUUUUUAUUGUGGAAACUCAGAUUUAUAUCUGUUGAACGAACCCUGUGUUCAAUAUUUUUAUUGACACAUUAGGAUAUAAUUUAAAUUCUAAUACUGGAAAUGUAUUUAUGUAACAUUAAAAUGCAGCAUAAACAUUUCAUAUGAAAUCUUACUUUCCAGGUGUAUUGCUAUUACACUGGUUGUCUUCUUUCUUUGAAGUAAACUGAAUGAAAUCAGAGUUAAAAUUUUAACUUGCAUGAAAUCUGGAAGGUAAUACAUGUAAAGCAUAUUUGUUUCAUAAUCUGUCAUUUAAUGAUUUUUGUGAAUGAGCAUAUUCAAGCAGUGUGAGGACAAAUUUUUCGCUUCAAAAAAUAAGUCUGUAUGUUGUACGGAGUGCUAUUGUGUAUGCUUCAAGAAAGGAAUAAAAACCAUUUGAAACACUGGUGUUAACUGGUGUUAAUUUAA